UAUAUACAGUAUAGAAUAUUAUUUUUUUAUAUAAUUUUGCUCGUCGGAUUUGGGUCAACAGUGGCUCUGUUUCUUUCCGGAGAUCGAUGUCGGCUCUCAACUCGUUGUUCAACCGCGCUACCUUCGGAACGAGAUGUAAGACUUGCUUGAAUCUGGCUAUUUCACGAAUUAAACUGCUCCGUAAUAAAAGAGAAGUGCAACUGAUAAAUAUGCGCAAGGAGAUUUUUCAAUAUCUUCAGACCGGCCAAGAAGCCAUUGCUCGAAUACGAGUGGAGCAUGUCAUACGUGAACAGAAUAUAUUAGCUGCCUACGAGAUUAUUGAGCUCUUCUGUGAAUUUAUUCUUGCACGUGUCCCCAUUCUUGAAACCCAAAGCAAGGAUUGCCCCUUAGAACUGCAGGAAGCUAUUGCCAGUGUGAUAUUUGCGUCUCCAAGAUGUUCAGAUUUGCCAGAGUUGAUGCAGCUCCGCAAUUUGUUUGGUGCCAAGUAUGGCAAGGAGUUUGUUUCAGUUGCUUCAGAGCUGCGGCCUGACAGCAGUGUUAAUCGACUGAUAAUUGAGAAACUUACAGUCAGAGCCCCACCUCCUGAUCUGAAGCUGAAGAUUCUUAAAGCAAUUGCUCAUGAGUACAAUCUCAAUUGGGACGACUCAAACACUGAAGCGGAAUUCAAUAAAAAAUAUGAAGACCUCCUGGAUGGAUCGCAGCCCUUGUCUAGGAGAGAAUACCUCGUUGAGAGCUCUUCGAUUAUCUUACUUCCUAAAGAUGGGAGUUCUGUUUCACCUCCAGCGGAGGGUAAUACAAAUCAACUUUUGCAGCCAUUGGUUCCCCCGACAAAGAGCCAUUCUGUGGAGACAGGUCAUAUUUCUCCCACACGAACUGAUGGUGUUAUUAUUAAUAAUAGUCAGGCAGGACCACCUGCUGACGAGAAAUCUCGUAUGCGCCGAAAUGCGUCUGAUGUUCUGGAGAAAGCUCGAGCUGCCAUUGCUGCAGCAGAGCGUGCAUGUGCUGCCGCCCGUGCAGCUGCUGAUCUCGUAAGAGAAAAAUCACCCUGUGCUGCUACUAGUGAUGCCCACAUCGGUAUCUGACGGUAUACUUAUUUGUUUGUAUGAGAUUGUUGUGAAGCAAAAAUGUCUGCAAAAGAAAUGGAUUGUCGGUGCUGCAUACUCUGUUAUGUAUUCUCGGUAAAAGUAAUAUGCAAGAGCUUCCUUUUCAUGCUGCAUGGUGUACAUAUUUUGAAGAGGGGAAAGAAAAGAAGAAAAAAGAAUUGAUAA